CUAUAAUAUAUACAUUGCUUCAUCCGAGGUAGAGAGUUCUUGUCCUUCCCCUUCCCAAUACCGCUCCCUGGAGUGUGACGGACUUUGCUUCAACCCCUGUCGUAGAAAUCUUGAGGCUUUCAUGGGCAAGAACGACUUGUUCAUCGUCGAGAUCCUCUGAAAUCAAUCGGACUCGGAAGUCUCUGGAGAUUUGCAGGUGUUGUAUCAUGGACUCCAUGGACAUUGAUCACAGUAACCGAGUUGAGCCGCCUCUUCUUAUUCUGAGACCAGUAAAUCCAAUGGAGUCUGGUCAAGGUUUACCGUAUGCUCCUGAGAAUUGGCCUAAUCCCGGAGAUACUUGGCAUUGGAGGGCAGGACCCAGAGUAAGCAGCAAAGGCCACUUUGUGGAUAGAUACUUAUAUCCUCCUAAGCAUCUUCCGGGUUUAGAUACUGAAAUAAUGCCGAAAAAUAAGGUCUUUCGGAGCAAGCUCUCACUCGACCGAUACAUUCGUCGCGCCUUCCCUGAUGCAGAUGUUCGAAAGUUCUUUGCUUCUUUCAGCUGGAAAAUACCCUGCAGAGAUGGCGUUAUGCAUCAGAAGCAGGCUUUAUUGCCAGUGUAUAGCUCAGAUGAAGAUCCAAUGCAUGAUAAUGGAUCUGAUAUUGUCGUUUGUAAAGCUGGUAAUCACAACUGUGGGAGCCUGAUGCCACAAAGUGAAUCCGACACUUUACCUUCUAUGCCUUGUAACAUUUGCUGCGGUGAACCUACUUUCUGCUCUGAUUGCUCUUGCAUCCUUUGCUGCAAAUUAAUUAGUUUGGAACAUGGUGGUUAUAGCUAUAUCAAAUGCAAAGCUUUGGUUUCCGAGGAUCAUAUAUGUGGACAUGUUGCUCAUUUGAACUGUGCUCUUCGAGCUUACAUGGCUGGAACCAUUGGAGGCAGGAUCGGGUUGGAUGCUGAAUACUGCUGCAGGCGAUGUGACGCCACUAAGGACUUGGUUCCACAUGUCAACAAGUUCCUAGAAAUAUGUCAGACUGUAGAAUACCAAGGCGAUGUGGAGAAGAUCCUGAAUCUCGGUAUUUGUAUCCUGCGAGGCUCACAAAGAGAGAACGCUAAGGAAUUAUUAAAUUGUAUCGAAUCAACAGUCAUCAAGCUUAAGUGCGGCACAAACUUGGAAGAUCUUUGGAAUGGUGAUAAUACACCAAAUAUAUGGUCAGAUUUAUCCGACAGUGGAGAAGUGAAAGACAAUGAUACAUUGCAAAGCUUACAGGACGUGACCCCAAUUGGGCCCAUACCAUUCAAUCAUGAGGCCGAGAUGCACAAACUCGAGGAAGAAAUCGGCGAGGUUCUAAAAGCGCUGAGAACGGCUCAGGAAUGUGAGUACCAAAUUGCAGAAGUCAAACUUCAUGCUCAGAAAGAAUGUCUCAGUGAUCUGUAUAAGCAACUCGAGAAGGAGAAGUCAGAGCUGUCGAGGCGAGUAUCAGGUACAGAUGCAAAUAGCUUAAUGACGAAUGUGUUGAAGAGAUUGGAGCAGAUAAGAAAAGAAGUCAUAAAGCUUAAAGAAAUGGAAGAAGUGGCUAAGGGAUUUGGCAGGACACCUAGAGGAGUUCUUGAAGACUACUUUCAUCUAAGCAUCGAGGACUAAGAUUAAAUCAUAAUUGUACAUUUGUUAUGACGUUUGUCUGCUAAGUUUUGUAUUCUUCCUCAUCGUAAAUCUGACUUUUGCUUGACCAUUAUUUAUAAUCAUGAGGAGUUAAAACUUAAAA